AUGUCUAAUCUACAGAAGUCCUGGAAAAUCUUUGAAAGUUUGCUCUCCCCUGCAGCAGAUAUUGUCAAAAGACUGAGCCCUGAAGCUACUCCUGAAAUCUACCUUCAGCUGCCGGAUGCAGCCUUUGGAACCGUCGAGGACGGCGAAGAGCUUUUCGCCCAGUUUAUGAAUGCUCUUCAGGAUCCUGGUGAAAAGGCCUCUACUUACCUCUGUCGUCUUCAAGCUGCCCUGAAUCUUGCUGUUAGAAGAGGAGGAGCUGCUGCUAGAGAAGCAGACAGGCACAUUCUCAAGCAGUUUUGCCGCGGAUGUUGGGACAACACUUUACUCUCUGACCUCAACCUGGAAGAAAAGAAAAGUUGGCCCCCAGCAUUUUCAGAGCUCCUGUUGUUAAUCCGCACUGAAGAGGAUAGACAAGCAGCUAAAGCCACACGUAUGAAGAAGCACAUUGGCUCACACCGGCAGCGGGCUAUGGCAAGUUCUCAGAGUGCAUGCGCCUGCAGUCAACAUGCAGUGUUCCAGCCUGAGUCUGACCCAUUGACAAAGCUUAAACAGCAGGUGGCGUCACUGCAGAGCCAACUCGCCACGCUGAUGUCUAAGAAGGCCAAAAAGUCCCCGAAACCCAAGGUGAGCUCUGAACAUCACCCAAGCAGACCGGCAGCAUCUAAACUUGAUCCUAGAGCACCAAGCUGGAAACCUACCAACUCAAAGACAAGCACCCACCCGAGACCUUGCUAUUGUUUCAAGUGCGGCGAGGAUGGUCACAUCUCCUCAGCUUGCAGUAACAGUCCAAACCCCACUCUCGUCAAUGAAAAGAGAGAUCAGUUGAGAGAAAAGCAGCGCCUCUGGGAGGCUAAGGGACACGCACCUGAACAUAAGGAUUUUUAG